UUGAUAAAAGAAUGGCAACUUUUAUAGUCUUGUGCAAGUUUUCUUGAUUCUUCUUUAACAACUAGUUUCCUUCCUGCGGUCUGGACUUUUAUUAUUCUGUGUAACUUCAUUUUGCUAUAACAACACACUUUCACUUAAAUUUCAGAAUUUUUCAGAAUAUGGCAGCAGGUUUCUUCAAGUGAAUAUCUAUGAGAGGUCAAGCUAUAGAUGGGGAGUUGAUUUUUGUUCACACCUGCAGAACAUUAACUUGCUGAACUGGCAAUUUUUCAAAUCAUGGAUUUGAAAACUGAUUUGGAUUGUCUGAUAGAAUGUCUUCGAUAUUGUUCUGACGAUGCAACAAAGGCACGUGAUACAAUCAUUACAAUUGCUUCGCUGUGUUCUGGUUCAGAUGAAGCGCAGAAUUUAUUGAGAAUUUCUGGAGGUUUAAGCUUUAUUGUGAACCUCCUAAGCACAACUCCAGAUGAGGGAACCUGUGUUGCUGCUCUGUAUGCAUUGGGAUGUGCAACUGAGAGGAAUGUGUUCUCUCAGAGUAGGCUUUGUACAGAAGCCAUGUUCAAAUUUCUCUACUGUCAGCUGACAAAUGAACACUCGGGUGUACAAAUGAAAAGAACAACUACAUUCCUUAUCAUGUGCCUUGUCACCAAUAAUGGUAAAGGACAAACGUUGGUCAGAAAGACUAAGUGCUUGGAUGCCUUGCUUCAGUUAUUCAGGCAGUUCCCAGGACUUCACCUUCCAUAUCAUGCAGAUGUGAGGUGUUCAGAUGAAGAGGAUCAAAAGCUCUCUCUGGAACUAUGGAAAGAUGUCACAGGAACUCUGUGUGGUUGUGUGAACAACCCCCAAAAUGAUGAAAACCAGUUGGUGUGUGCAUCCAGUAUUCCAGCUGCCCUCUACAUCAUGUCUCAUGUACAUGCUUCUUAUGUCAUACAGCUUUUGUGCUCCUACAUCUCUCUCUUAGCAGCUAAUAAUGCGGUGAAUCAAGAUCGUUUUCAUAUGCUCGGUGGGCUGGGGGUCAUCGUAUCCAAAUUGACCUCUGUCAUUGAUGACAUCAUAAUGGAGCCUGAGAAGGGUUUGACCUCGUCAGCUUCCAACAUGAUCAGCAUGCUCAGCUCGGUGGUUGCAGAAAAUGACAAUAAUUUGCAGGCUUUAGCAGCCCUGAAAGUUGUACCUCUCCUUUUGAAGUUGUUAGCUUUAGAGGUGAUCUCUCAAGGUGUUAAGUUAAAGGUCAUCAUAACACUCGGCUGUUUAGUUUCUGCAGAUGAGGGAAGCAAGAAGCAAGUUCAUGAGUGUGAUGGUCUGAAAUUACUUCUUGGCUUCAUGAUGGCCAAUCAAGAUGAAGAGUGUGCUAAAGCUGCAACGUUGGUCCUCCAUUCUUGCAUCAAUUUUGCAGAGGAGGAGAUAAAAGACGAUGAGUCACAGACGGGAGAUUGCUCGUCUGAAAAUGAAGGUCAGGCAGUAGAGCGCCCUCUCAUGAUCAGCAAAGGACAACAUAAAGAUCUCGAGGCUAAAAUUGACAUUCUCCAGAAAACAUUACAAGAGGAGAGAAGAUUAAGGAAGAGUCUUGAGGAUGAGAAAGCAACUCUUCCCCUUUGCAAUGAAAAAAGCAAUACUAGUGCCAGCAAGGAGGAUGAUGAAGCCAGUACAUGCACUCCAGAUCUGCCACCCAAACCCCAUCCCAAACCUCCUGCAUCAUCUGCAGAACACCAAGGAGGAGAACAACAGCUCUCACGCAACCCUGAUAUAUCCAUCCAGUCACCGUCUAGCUUUGUACAACUACAAGAAAGGAUGAAUGCUUUGGAACAAAAACUUCGUGGCAUAACCAGUGACAGAUCUGAGAUAGACAUGAACAAUAACACUACCAUCAGUGAAACAUCAGAUUCUGAAUCAGCAGAGGAUGUUCAUCGUUCAGUCUCUGAGGCAGAAAAUGAUGAAACCAAACUGCCAGAUGAAAAUGUUCCUGAAGACAGUAUGAGACGUUACAAGAAGGCAACUCUUCCUAUCACCAAACAGAACGCUAUUAAAGAAGCCUGUCAGCAGCAGGUUACAACAGAGAAAGACCAAUCCAAAGAAAUGCCACUGUUCAAAGUGCCUCCUCCUAUCAAACGGUUUAGGCCUCUCGACCUUGUUCGUGGCAACAUGUCUAUCAAGAAAUUUAAGUCCAUUUCACCAGGAAUGAAGCCGCUUCCCCCAAGAAUCAACCAUCGACGGGACAGGGGCGAAGUAACUCCUUCAACAAAGGUGCAGACGGUUGAUCUUGCCGGUCUUAAAAUGCAUCAAGAGUCCUUGGAUCCAUGUGUGCUUCCUGGGUGUAGCUCUGGUAAAAGAUCAAGGAAGAGGAGGUCAAGCAGCAGCAGCGUAUAUAGAACAUUAACAUAUAACGGUGGUGGAGGUGUUCGUGGUGGCUUGAUAGCUAAGCCAAGGAAAGCGAAGCAGAUGAAUCAAGAAAGUGAUUCCGAUGCUGAUAGUGAAUGUAGUGAUGUCUCAGAGGUAUCAUCCAUUGCCGAUAGUGUCUUCAGUUCCUUGAAUGUUCACCUCUCUUGUCCUAUCCGACCAGUCAAUCAUAAUCCUCCUCCACCGAUCAGACACAUUCCUUCUGUUCAGCCUGCCAAACAAAGCCCUAAAGUAGUUAUGAGGCCAAUGAGAUCAACGAGGCAUAUGCUGAUGCCUGAGCGGAGAAAUGUCAAGGAAUUUUCCAAGAAAUGUGGUAAAGACCCUGACACUGUCGCAAAAUCAAAGGACAGUGUGUUUGAUUUUGAAGAUGGCAUGGCUGACUCCAAGAAGGAAUCAUCACAUAGGGCCUCGUCCAAUCCUGCCAUUCAUGAAGCUAUCCACAGCAAGAGUUACGAAAGGCAUUCUUCUACCCACGCAGAUCCGUUUACACAUGACUCUUUAAGCGACAAUGUCAUGGCCAAACUGAAAGCAACACCCAAGAUCAUGCUGAAGAAGGCUUCUUUGAAAGGAAAGAACUUGAACAUGUAUAUCUAUGAUGGCAAACAUCAAGCUGUAGACUCAGUACUCAGCAGUGACGGUAACAAACAAGAAGACAACCAAGGUUUGGAUGAGCAUUUGCCAUUUCCACCAACUCACCACAAUGGGUAUGGAUCACAGAAAGAACCGGCCAGGAUAUUCACCAGCAGGGGGAGUGGCACCAAGGGGAGUGGAAGCAAGACAAAGUCCUAUUCCGUGCACUAUGUCAGAGGCAAAAUCCAGUGCAGUCGUCUGUACAGAGGCGCAUCUCGCAGUAGGAGUAGAACACCUGAUGUCUAUUCCUCAACUCUGCUGACAUGCCCAGGUUGUGUUCCCCCACGACACCGCCCCCUCCUUGACAGUCACACAUUGCUUCCUAACCUUCUUGCAUCCAGACAUGGUCUAUGCAGAAAGCAUAACAGGUUGAUUGCCUCUAUAACAUCCUACAUCUCAAGCAAGAUGAACCUGUUUGGUCUGUAAUUUCACGUACUUUCCCUGUCGCGUUCUCCAAGAACACCUUUAAAAAUUGCAUACUAAGCCAGACUCUUAAUGGAUUCAAAGUUGAUCUGUACAGGAAACAUGGCUCAUUAAUUGACUUUCUCACUGAUUGCCAAACCGUUUCUGUGAAGGAAAUAUGGUUUAGUGGAUGGACUCAAACAAAGGCUACAUCUCCAAGAAGAUGAACUUCUCUGGUCUUUAAUUGUUGUCUGCACACUUUGGAAUUCAUUAGAAUUUAAGGUUCUAAGGGAACGUUUGAUAUCAUUCACUUUAGGAAUGAAAAUAAAUUGAUGUUAUGCAAUAUAAAUGGGAAAAUAUCCCAAGUUGUAUGUAUAUCCGAGACAAAGGGGAGGUAUCUCGUGUUUUCUUUACAUAGUGGAAAAUGCAUGUUUUCAUUUUCCCCCCCCCAUUUUUUGGACCCUCCAACAGGCCAUUUUAUUGAAAAUCAAUCUCCAGAUAACAUAUUUGAACAUAUGUACCAAUGAAUAUCAUAAAAUAGUUCAGAAUAAGAUAUACAUAAUGAAUAUCAACCAUAAUAAGCGAUUAUUGAAACCGUAGCAUAUUGAUAACAAUAAUAUGAUGAUAAUACUGUAUAUACAGAACAUACAUGUAGAUUAGGGAAAGAAAAUAAAAUAAGAAUGCAACAUCAUCAUGACUGAAAAUGAUGUGGGAAAUUCAAUAUACUCGUACUAAACGAUCAAAAUCCUCUCAAAAUUUAUCCAUUUUUUAUCGAAUUUGUCAGUUUUGUUAGCAAGUAUACUACCUUGCCUCUCAUUUGUGUAACUAUUCCUGAUAUAUCGUUUUAUUAUCCGAAAGGAUGGUACAGACUUUUGGAUUCGAGAAAAAUAUAAUUGUUGUUUUAAUAUCACUCUCCGUUUUGAUCCUUGUCAAGUUUUCAAGAUAAUUUGUGUAUAUAAUAAUCCACUUUUGAGUAAGUGUGAUGAGUAAAAAUGGAAAUAAUCACAAGUUACCAUUAAUAUGAGACAUAUUUCUGGUUUUUGUUUUAUAAAACGUGUUAUAAAGUUACUGUAACUGUUAUAAGAUCAAAUAGUUACUUUGUCGAGUCUUGUUCAUUAUUAUAUACGACACAAAAUUAGCAAAUACUUUACCUUUGUGCUUUAUCUCCAUAGCCCCAAAAUACCAGACACUAUUAGCCAAAUCAGUGAGUUAAAUUUAACAAUCAAAUAGUUUGCAUUUAGUUCAUACACUUGUAUAUAAGUUCAUAUAUGUGUAUAUAUAUAUAUAUAUGACAGAAAUUGGCAUUCACAAUGCCAUUUAUAAAAAAGAAAAUACUAAAGGAUUGUUCAAACAUGACACCGCAAAAUGGUGGUGUUUUAAAAAAAAUGAUAACAUAGAGUGUGAUGCAUAUGUCACGGAGCUCAGUGAAUAUGCGCAAAUCCUUUGUUGCCAUUCGUUUAAAUAUAAUCAAAUUUUGGCAGCUUUUUCGCUGUGGUUUACCGCCCCAUAUCUGAACAGUCCUUUAUAUUUUGCAUGCAGAGAUAUCAGCUAUUUAUCAUAUUAUUUAUGUAUGUAUAUAUUUAUAUUUGCCUACUAAGAGACUUGUUAUUUUUGUAAAUAUGUAUAAAAAUAUAAUAUACAUGUACCGGUACAUAAAAUGUGCUCUGAUAGAUAUUCCAAAGAAGAAUUUGACAGUUGCUUUCUACCUCUAUCGUUCCACAAUUGAACGAUAUUUUUUGAGGAAUUUAGUUUUUCUAUUUAUGUAUGUGAACUAAGAGUUUAAAUAACUCCAAUGAUUUGAAUAACAGAUAAAACAUCAGAGUAGUUUUUGUUUCAACAAGGAGAAUCGAGCUUGCCUCGAAUCUCCUUUGUUUCACUGACAUUAACUAUAACAGCAUGUACAUAUUUAUAUUGAUUAUGUAAAAUAAUAAAUUGAUCUUGUUUACUUCUU